CAACAAUGUCCACCACCAUAUUCUACCACUGCGCGACCAGCAAGGCUCUGCAAUGCAAUGUGGUCAUUGCGUUCACGUCGAACGGCGUGUGUGCCAUCGAGCUCGCUGACGAACCUCACGUCACCCUGAAGAGACGGUUCCCCUCGGCAAACUUCAGCACCGAGCUCCAUGCUGCGCAGCUCCUGUCUGUCCAGGACGUGUUGGAUUGUCUUGAAGAUCCCGCGACGGCGUAUCCGUCCCACGUGGCCUUCGACCUCUCGUUGACCAGCUCACCCUUCCGCGCUCAAGUAUGGAAUGCGCUCAAGGGCGUACCGGCGGGAACCACCGUGACCUACGCCGAACUUGCACAGAAGAUUGGGAGGCCAGGCGCGGCGCGUGCGGUCGGCGCUGCUGUCGGUGCGAACCCGCUCGCGGUCCUCAUUCCGUGCCACCGCGUCGUGGGCUCGAACGGGCAGAUGACCGGCUAUCGCUGGGGCGUCGAGCUGAAGAAGUUGCUGCUCGAGCGCGAAGGCUUCUCUCUGCCCUCCUCCCGUACAGCCCGCGCACACAUUCGCGCAAAGGAGACGGGACAGGUGGCUACUGUAGUUGUUCGGCGCGAUAACUCGGCGACAGAUGCUGAGCCUAGGCCUCGUUAUGAACUCAAGGCCGUGUAUGAGAACCUCGAUCAACUUGCGAGAUAUGGUCUUAGCCACAUUUUGGAAGCAGGCCCAUAG